UGUUCGUUGCACAUAGGGGCGUUGAGAGACAUCUUUUGGUUUUAGGUUUCAUAGUCUUUAAAGUUAUUAAAAGUAAAUAAAAUUCUUCCGAAUAAUUUUAGUCGUGACUAUUUAAUGUGACGUUUUAAAGAAGGUAAACAGUAUAGAUUUUACUGUGCAAAGUAUCUAUUUCUCACGUGAAUUGUUUCGUAAGAUACAGAGGCUUCCAGAAAGCAGCACAGGAAGUAAGUGAUUGUACAGCCAACCCGCGAAAACCUUUCAAACUUCCUGCCACUACCUACCCUGAAUAAAUUAAGUGCAUCGCUGAUUGACGUUCUUCUCGACCUAUCAUUGUCGUCCGUGCCUUUUCACAACAGGGUAGGGAUCGUUUCAGGCUCACCCACGGCAGAGAGGGCGGCUUACAUGAAAACAGCGUGCGGGGGUUUGUCUUAUUACCCAACACUCAAUGUGGCGGGAUUGUGGGACUUUUCAGUGUCGCACGGCAAUACCGCUCCUACUGCUUUUCACAGAAACACCAUGGCUGAAAGAGAGGCAGAAACCGUGGAGUACAAGUUCCCCGAAUCUUGUAUAAAGACCAAUAUAAAGGAGGUGACUCCCCCACAUGACCAUGGUAUCCCCGGAGCACAGCGACGGUCACUUCGAAGGGCCUCUGAGAAACAGCUCUCAGCGACCCUAAAGGAGGGCCUUCCUCCAAAACGCCUGCAGUACAGCUCCGCCAGCACACACCACCAAAGAGCAGUACGGGAAAAGGGGAAAGUUUCUUUACAGGAAGCAGUUUUUGAGAGUAAAGAGACAUCCAACACUGAAUACUCAUCUGACAGUGAUAAAACUGAGAAGGAAUACCCUGCGGAUGUUUCAGGUGGUUUGUCCAUAUAUGAAUUGGAGCGUUUAGAGAACAUCAGACAAAACCAGGCUUUCCUGUCAUCCAUCAAUAUUGCACAGGCUACCAAAGCUUUGAAGCAAAAACCCACUAAGAGAGUUCUCAAAAUAUGCCAGACCAAGAACCCUGUUCCUGUUCGCAAAUCCAUGCGACUACAAAAGAAAGAGGCUGAGGUGCCCGUUGAGUUGCCCCAGGAGCCCGUAGAGCUUACUCACCUAGCUGGGAAACCAGAGGGACCCAUUGAAAUGGAUCCAGUAAACUUAGAAGACGGUAGCAAGCUACCUGCUGGUCUUCUGGAAUUAUGGACUGAGUGUACUGUUGUGAGUGAAAAGUCAAGAUUUGAUUUGAAGAGGUACAGAGUAGCCUUGAAGAGCAUGACACUGAGUGGUGAUCGGGUGACAAAGGUGGUGAAGGACCGUAUCUUCUCUGCAGCAUUUCACCCUUGCACUAGACACUUGCUUAUGGCUGCUGGGGACAAAUUCGGCCGCGUGGGACUCUGGGACCUGGGCAGUGUGUGCGGAGAUAGUGGGGUGUUCCUGUUUGAGCCACACUCCAGACCAGUCUCCUGUAUGGCAUUCUCAAGCACUCAGCCAGCCAGUCUGAUCUCCCUUAGCUAUGAUGGGACAAUACGCAGCACAAAUGUAGAGAAAGCAAUUUUUGAUGAGGUGUACCGCUCUGAUGAAAGCUUGAACAGCUUUGAUUUUCUGUCAGUUGAUUGCUCUACAAUGUUGGUCAGUACCUGGGAUGGGGAUGUCCUCACUGUAGACAGAAGAACUCCAGGGACUUCACAUGUGGCAGUGUCCACACUUGACACAAGAAACCUCCGGUGCAUUCAUGUCCAUCCUGUUCAUAAGCAGUAUUUUGUGGCUUCAGAAAGCAAGGAUGUGCACAUCUACGAUGUCCGGUCUCUGAAGAAAAAAGGUAGCAAGCCUGUGUCCUACCUGCCUGGUCAUUCACUGAGCAUUUCGUGUGCUUACUUCUCACCUGAAACUGGGAAUAGAGUGUUGACUACCUGCAUGGACAAUAAAAUCAGGGUGUUUGAUACUUCUGAAUUCAAGACACAAGUCCCUCUUCUGAGUUCUUUCAGCCACAACGUACAAACAGGUCGCUGGCUGUCCAAGCUGAGGGCUGUGUGGGACCCCAAGCAGGAGGAAUGCUUUGCAGUGGGCAGCAUGGCGAGGCCUCGCGUGAUGCAGGUCUUCCACGAGAGUGGCCAGCUGCUACACACUUUCAGCGAUGAAGAAAACUUAUCCACAGUCUGUUCCGUGGUAGCCUUCCAUCCUGUGCGGAAUGCCCUUCUUGGGGGCAAUUCCUCCGGCCGUUUGCACGUCUUCUCUGACUAAAGACUUGAAUCUUUUAUUCCACAUUCCUGUAUGUUUGGA